AUGUACCAGCAAACCGCAAACAAAGAAUCGCAAACGACUUUAAUGCAAUUACGCACAUUCUUCAGUAUACCAUGUGACAGCGACAUUGCUUGCAACGCUAAAGCUCUACAUGAUUUUGUUGCUGUUUGGUUGAGAGUAUCAUCUGAGGGAACAGUGGAUCAGGACGACAUAACCAGAAUAAGACACAAUUAUGAAAUUGUCGAUAUUGGGAUUAUUUGGGUGGAAAUUUCAUUCCGAUGGAAGGGAUAA